AUGUAUACUACAACCUUUUCUAUGCAAUGGAACGUUCUGGAAUGCUUGACGCAUCAAAAUGAGCUUCAUUUAUUUACCCUUCACUUUGUGUAUGUUCCAAGAAUUAACCAAACAAUGCAAUUAUUUGCCCAAGGGCAUAACAGGGCUCCCAUCUCUACAGAGAGGGGAAAGAGUCCUCUUCAACUGUGGAUCUCUGGUGCUGUCUCAGCUUCAAAUCGUGGAAUUGAUGAAUUCUGGAGUCAGGUGUGUUUUGAAAAGGGAAGGGUGGGGAGGGAGGGAUAAGGACUUUGCAAGAAUCUGUUAUAGUUUUGAUAUUCAUGCAAUGUUAUAGUGAUUUUCAGACUUGUUUCUCAUGUUAUCCAAUUUGUGGUCGACACAAGUGGAGAAGUACAACCUUUCAGCUUGUUUCCAAAAGUGCAGUCACAAUAAUAGCUCUUACAUGUAAAGUAGCUUGGAGAAUAAAUCUACCUGAGUAGUCUCCAUGAACAAUUUUCUUCCAGGAUUAUGAAGAAACAAUAACAGAUUAAUUGCAAUUUUUUUUAUUAACAAGAAGUACUUCGCAGUAAAUUGGUUCACAACAUGCGUGUGGCAUACAGCCAUCAUGAAAUGUGUUGUUUACAAGUUUUUCAGGGUGACUACUAUGGUGUUGACUGGGAUGGCCCUGCACCAGAUGUUAGCUUAGAUGAUGAAACUCCAGUUGAAGUUCCCAACACAACAAACCCACUGGAACCAGCUCAGUAA